GGGGCGAGUAGCAGCCUCGGGUUUCGAGGGCGAGGAGGUGGGCGCGAGGGGUUUCGGGGCCUUGGGCGGUCACCCGUCCUGUUCGAGCCCGGCGUCCCUGGGACCGGGAUAGGAAACUGACGACCGAAGUUGGGGCUGUACCCUAACCCGGCCACAGUGAUCAAGCGCAUCUCACUUCCGCCUGCAGAAGGUUGUUCAUGCGGAAGUUAUCUGGACUGCUUUUAGGCCAAGUUCAUAUAUACCAAAUAAAACUACUUGUCAGUAGUUACUCUUGCUCCAGCCAACUCCACCCCUAAAGUGGUUUGAACUUUGAGCCUCAUGUAAUCCCGAUGAAUAAUUUCGCUUUCCUCAAAUUGAUGACACUGGGAGCUUCCAGAGUUGGAGGUCUGUGCAGUUUGAGACCCGUCAGCAGUUAGAAUACUAGGAGACAGUGAUUAUAAUGGCCUCUAGAGGAAAAACGGAGACAAGCAAAUUGAAGCAGAAUUUAGAAGAGCAGUUGGAUCGAUUGAUGCAGCAAUUACAAGAUCUGGAGGAAUGCAGGGAGGAACUCGAUACAGAUGAAUAUGAAGAAACUAAAAAGGAAACCUUGGAGCAGCUAAGUGAAUUUAAUGAUUCACUGAAGAAAAUUAUGUCAGGAAAUAUGACUUUGGUUGAUGAACUCAGUGGAAUGCAGCUGGCUAUUCAGGCAGCUAUCAGCCAGGCCUUUAAAACCCCAGAGGUCAUCAGACUGUUUGCAAAGAAACAGCCAGGUCAGCUUCGGACCAGGUUAGCAGAGAUGGAUAGAGACCUGAUGGUAGGAAAGCUGGAAAGAGACCUGCACACUCAGCAGAAAGUGGAGAUCCUGACCGCCCUCAGGAAACUUGGAGAGAAGCUGACAGGAGAGGAUGAGGCCUUCUUGUCAGCCAAUGCAGGUGCUGUCCUCAGCCAGUUUGAGAAAGUCUCCACAGACCUUGGCUCUGGAGACAAAGUCCUUGCUCUGGCAAGUUUUGGGGUUGAAAAAGCAAAAAAAUGACAGUCUGGAAGGAAACUUUAGCACUGAUCCCAUCCUUACUGGACGUGGCAUUUUCAUUCUGAGGAUUUGGAGUCGGGACAAAGAAAUAGAGAUUCUCAAUAUUCUGUACCAUAAGAGCAGGUGACGUGGACACAUGCUGUAGCUUCUUUUUAGGAUCUUUGUUAUUUUCUGUGAUGGGCUCCUUCUUGAUUGAUCUUGGACUUUAUUCAUUAUGAUUUGUCUGAGAACAGAAAAUGCACUUCUUCCUCUGUUUUUCUUAAGAUGCUGUUUUUCAGUGCUGAUAGGGAAUGAAAGAUGUGAGCUAAUGACUCCCGUUUCAUUACUCCACUUAUGGGGUGAACAGUACAGUAACAUCAUUAGACCUGUGUUUAUAGAAUCCUAGGAAACAUUUCAUAGUCACACAAAGAAACUGGCACUUAGAAAGAGCAAGUCCUUUGUCUAAAGUUAUUUUAGAACCAGAUCUGGGGAUAAGACUUAAGUCCUGACUCUCAGUGUAUUACCCUUUGAGUUUUAGUUCUUUAUUUUGUACUGUUUUUAAAAAAAAUAACUUGUAUUUGUGCAAGUUAACAUCUAUUAAAUCUCAGUGUCUAACCCAAAUCCGAAUGGGCACUAAGGGGCUGUUCCCAGCCUGUGAGCUCUCAGCAUGAAUGGGGCCCAUUGUAUCUCUGAGUUCCUAACUUGGAACAAUAGGAGCCCUGUUGAGAGUCUCCUGGAGUAGCUUCACCUCCUGCUUGUUUCACUUUGAAGCAAUAGGAAAUGGCAGCUGGAGGCCCUCCUUGUGGCCCUCCUGCCAGACCCCAGGGUGGUGACAGUAAGUUACUUUCUACUCUGCACAAAAUAAUUUAGAGAAAAGAAAUUUUCUCUCCUGAGAGAUCGUGACUCCUGCUUGGUCAGAUGCACAGCUGUGUCCUCAUGCGUGUAAUUAGCUUUUUCCUGGGCAUCUCCUGGUCUGUAUUCAUUCGUGUGUUUCUCAAUAUUCUCUUUCUUUGCACUUCAGAUGAAUUAAAAACAUUUUUAAUGCUUCCUAUAAACUUAAAUUCACUAGGUGCUUUGCCAACUGGACAGAUUUGGGACCUCAACUAUAUUAAUGCCUUAUUUGGAACUUUUAGUGUAUUUUGAUUUUUUUGAGAUGGGGGCUCACAGGGCCAGCAGGAUGGCUCAGUGGAUAAAGGUGCUGCCAAACCUGACAAUCUGAGUUCAAUCCCCUGGACCCACAUGGUGGGAGGAGAGA